CGAUUAUACUUCUCCUCCCACUUGCGCAGGCUAUUCUCCGUCAACAUGAACAAGCUCUCUCAAGCGAACCGAAUCAUAUACCAAAAUCAACUCUCAGUAAUCAAAGCCAAUUAAAUUCCGUUAUCACCAAAAUUAAAACCCUCCUUGAGUUCUCAUAUCAAUCGAUCCGAAGUUGUCGUUGUCGUUUUGAAGGAGGAAGCAUGUCGUUCGAUCUGCUGUUGAAGCCGUCGUGUAGUGGGUGUGGAUCGACCACGGACUUGUACGGAAGCAAUUGCAAGCACAUGACUCUGUGCUUGAGCUGUGGCAAAACCAAGGCCGAGAACCAUGAAAAAUGCUACGACUGUGGCGCCACAGUCACGCGUUUGAUUCGAGAGUAUAAUGUUCGUGCGAGUUCUAGCAGCGACAAGAAUUACUUUAUUGGUAGAUUUGUGUCUGGGUUGCCAAAUUUUUCGAAGAAGAGAAGUGCAGAAAAUAAAUGGUCUCUCCAAAAAGAAGGUCUACAAGGACGGCAACUUACUGAUACUUUGCGGGAGAAGUACAAGAAUAAACCAUGGUUAUUGGAGGAUGAAACAGGGCAAUUUCAGUUCCAAGGUCAGAUGGAAGGUGCACCAUCCGCUACUUACUACCUACUAAUGAUGCAAGGAAAGGAGUUUGCUGCUAUUCCUGCUGGUUCUUGGUAUAACUUUAACAAAGUUGCACAAUAUAAGCAACUUACACUGGAGGAAGCAGAAGAAAAGAUGAAUAACCGGAAAAGGACUGCUGAUGGAUAUGAAAGAUGGAUGAUGAAAGCUGCAAAUAAUGGAUCUGCUGCAUUUGGUGGAGUGGAGAGGCCUGAUGACAAAGAUAGUGGUGUGGCUGGUGGUAGGGCACGUAAAAAGAUGACUGGUGAUGAUGAAGAAGGUAAUGUUUCAGAUAAAGGGGAGGAGGAUGAAGAGGAAGAGGUCGCAAGGAAGAAUAGAUUGGGACUCAACAAAAGAGGUGGUGAUGAUGACGAGGAAGGUCCGAGAGGUGGUGAUCUUGAUUUAGAUGAUGAUGAUAUUGAGAAGGGUGAUGAUUGGGAGCAUGAAGAAAUAUUCACGGAUGAUGAUGAAGCCGUUGGUAAUGAUCCUGAAGAAAGGGAAGAAUUGGCCCCUGAAGUUCCUGCUCCUCCAGAAAUUAAGCAGGAUGAAGAUGAUGAGGAUGAAGAUAAUGGAGAGGAGGGUGGACUGAGCAAAUCCGGAAAAGAGUUGAAGAAGCUGCUUGGGCGAACUGGUGGACUUAACGAUUCGGAUGCAGAGGAUGAUGAUGAUGAUGAGGAAGAUGUAAGUUGA